AUGCCAGACGACAUCUUCACAACUUUACUGGAGUUAAUUAAAAGAAUGUUGCCUGAAUGGGAUUGUUUGCCUGAAUCAUGUUAUAAGGCAAAAAAACUUAUAAAUGACUUGGGUCUGACGUAUGUGAAAAUUGAUGCAUGUCCCAAUGAUUGCAUGAUCUAUUGGAAAGAUACUUCAGAUUUGACCGUGUGCUCGGUUUGUGGUGAAUCAAGAUAUAAAAUUACCAACGCAGCGGAUAGGUCGAGAAAAAAGAUCGCAGCUAAGGUUAUGUGGUAUUUUCCUUUAAAACCACGAUUGCAACGAUUUUUUAUGUCGAAGCAUACGGCUGAACAUAUGAGGUGGCAUGCAGUUGAAUGUCCUAAAGAUGAGUUUAUGAGACAUCCUUCAGAUUCUCCAGCAUGGAAGCAUUUGGAUAAUUUAUAUCCGAAUUUUGCAUUAGAAAUUCGAAAUGUUCGAUUAGGGUUGGACAGUGAUGGAUUUAAUCCUUUUGGAAAAAUGAGGAAUGAUCAUAGCACAUGGCCUGUGGUGCUUUCUGUUUACAAUUUGCCGCCUUGGAUGUGUAUGAAGCAACCAAAUUUGUUGUUGUCUCUUUUAAUACCAGGACCGCGCAGUCCUGGUAAAGAGAUUGAUGUAUACAUGCGUCCACUGAUUGACGAGUUGAAUGAGUUGUGGGAGGUGGGCACUCCAACUUAUGAUGCGUAUUCCAACCAAAGUUUUACGAUGAAAGCUGCUGUCUUAUGGACUAUAAGUGAUUUUCCGGCUUAUGGAAUGUUGUCAGGAUGGAGUACACAUGGCUAUAAAGCAUGUCCACAUUGCAUGCAUGAUAAAGAAUCCAUUUACUUGCCGGCGAGUCGUAAAAUUUGUUAUAUGGGACAUCGACGGUUUCUUGAAGAUAAUCAUAGGUUUCGAAGGCAAACCACAGCUUUUAAUGGUCGUCGAGAGCAUCGUAGUGCACCAAGGCAGUGGACUGGUUUACAAUGUCUCGAAGAACUUUGUACAUUGAGAUUUACUUUUGGAAAACCAAAGAAAAAUGCUUCAGUUGGGCAACGCAGAAAAAGAACUUCGAGCAGUACAAGUGGUAACAGUCAGUGGACGAAGAAAUCUAUUUUUUAUGAACUACCUUAUUGGAGGCAUCUGUUGAUUAGACACAAUCUUGAUGUUAUGCAUAUCGAGAAUAAUAUAUGUGACAGUGUGGUGGGAACAUUGCUAGGUAUAGAAAAGUCUAAAGAUGGAUUGGUUGCACGUGCAGAUCUUGAAGUCUUGAACAUAAGACGCAGUCAACACCCACGUAGAGAAGGAAAUAUAACAUUUCUACCUCCAGCUUUGUUCACGUUGAAAAGAGAAGAAAAAACUGCGUUUUGCAAUGUGUUGUCUACUAUUCGGGUCCCCGAUGGAUAUUCAUCAAAUUUAUCGCGAUGUGUGCACGUGAAUGAACGAAAAAUACAUGGGUUGAAAAGUCAUGAUUGCCAUGUUUUAAUGCAGCAGUUACUCCCGCUUGCAAUACGCCCGGUUUUGCCUAAAGUUGUUACUAUGGUAUUAUUAAAGUUGAGUGCAAUUUUCAGACAGUUGUGUAGUAAGAAGGAGUCUGAGGAAGGAUUCAAGGAACUGAGUUCAAGAAUUGCCUUGACAUUAUGUCAACUUGAAAAAAUAUUUCCUCCUGCAUUUUUUGAUAUAAUGGUGCACCUUCCAGUUCACUUGGCAGAUGAAGCAGCUCUUGCAGGGCCUGUUCCCUAUAGAUGGAUGUAUCCAAUUGAACGGUAUUUGCAAACGUUGAAGCGUUAUAGGGGUCGAGUCUCGUCGUACCCGUAG